GAGAAUUAAUCUAUUUAGUUAUAUUAGUAUUAUCAACUGUAGUUAGAGAAAAAUAUGUCUGCGAUUAGUACUGGAUUACCACCUGGAUGGACCAUUAGACUCUCGCGCGGUCACAAUAAAGAGUACUAUUAUAAUCAACUGACCAAUGAAUCUUCAUGGGAACCACCAUUCGGUAGUGACAAUGAUAAGUUGAACGAAUACUUAAGAAAGUUUAAAGCUAAUGGAAAUAAAGCAGUAAUUGGGGAUGACUCUAAAGUGCGUGCUUCGCAUAUCUUAGUUAAGAAUGAAACAUCUCGUAAACCUAAGUCAUGGAAAUCAGAAGAGAUUAAAUUAACUAGAGAUGAAGCUAUUCAAAUUAUAAAGAAACUUCAAGCUAAAAUCUUGAAGGGAGAAUCUACAUUUGCUGAAAUUGCAACUACUGAGAGUGAUUGUAGUAGUCAUUCUAGAGGAGGUGAUUUAGGUUUUUUUAAUAAAGAAUCUAUGCAACCUAGUUUCUCUAAUGCCGCAUUUAAUUUACAUGUCGGAGAAAUAAGUGAUAUAGUCGAGAGUGAUAGUGGACUUCAUAUUAUACAAAGAACUGGUUAAAAGAUAUUGAACAUUAACUAAUAUCAAACCAACUUGGUUGUAAGAAGUUAUAUAAAUUUUUGAUAUGAAUUAAGACAAGACAAAAAUAUUUAAUGUACAUGUUUAACUAUUAG